AUGAUACGAAAAAGCCCUACCAAGAAACGAACAUCCAAAAGUUCAAAGAAUACGAAUAUUUGCAACCCAGAAACGCCAAUUACGGCUCAUGGACUCAGAGAUGGGUCCUUUGGGAGUUUAGUACGCAAUAAACUUUCAAAUCCGUUGAUUUCUCCGCAUACCACGCCGCGCUACGCUCAUGACUGGGAUCUGGAAAAAGAUCGGUCACCGUCCAUGGACUCGACGAUUUAUACUCCGCUAAGUGCAACGACCUCGAUUUCGAAUUCUGACGAUUCAGAGUCGUCUAGCUUGAGAGGCGAAAGCCCUGGCCUCCAUCAGCGCGGCAGCAGGACCUCGUCCUCGAGAUACAACGGAUCGAUCUCUGUAUCUGUUCGAAUAAAGCCCAGCUACGCGGGUUGUAGCUCCUGGCAGCUUUCGGACGACAAGAAGACAUUGAAACAUGGAGAUGCGGGUGAGUUUUCUUUCGAUAACGUAUUUGACACACAGGAUGACAACCACGAGAUAUAUGAAACGAUCGGACGACCUAUCGUCGAUAAGCUUUUUGAAGGUUUCAAUGCCACGAUUUUUGCCUAUGGUAUGACAGGAUCUGGGAAAACGUUUACGAUGAGUGGGGUCGACAGUAACCCAGGUUUGAUCGCCCUGUCUGUGGAAGAAAUAUUUGCCCGAAUAUCAUGUGAGUCUGGUGUCGAUAAGGAGUACGAGGUCAAAGUUUCAUACCUCCAAAUUUACAACGAGAAAGUAUACGACUUACUAGAACUCUCACAUGGCCCUCAAACUAGCCAUGAGGGCUCGCCUCGAGUUGAAGUUCAAUUGCGCGAGGACAGUAAUCACGGCAUUACAGUUGUGGGAUUGAACGAACUCAAAGUAUCAUCUAGCGAAGAAAUGCUGAGGGUGAUAUCCGCGGGUGAUGUUCAUAGGAGAACCGGAGAAACGGAUUUUAACUCGAAGAGUUCACGAUCGCACGCGGUGGUAUCCAUCGUAGUGGAAUGUUCACAACGAGGCAAUGGAUACAAGAAAACAAGCACGUUGUCGCUGUGCGAUCUGGCUGGAUCAGAAAAAGCUGCUGGACAGCAAGAUCGCAGAAAAGAGGGCGCCUUCAUCAAUAAAUCUCUGCUAGCGCUCGGAAACGUCAUCUCGAAGCUGGGAACCAACGCGGAAAGCGGCAAAACUUCAUCAACGACCCAUGUCCCUUACAGAAAUUCAAAGCUAACGCGGUUUCUACAGCCUACUCUGAAUGGAGAAAGUAUCGUCACCACGAUAUGCACGAUCGACUCAAGGCCAGACGCACUUGCCGAGACCAUCAACACGCUACGCUUUGCGUUACGAGCCAAAAACGUGGCCAUAACGGCCAAGAAAAAUGAAACGUUCUCCCACGCAAACGAUAAGGCCCUGAUCCAGAAGUUGAAUCGUCAAAUUGAGGAGCAGAAUCAACUAAUAGCCAGAUUACAGAGCGGUCAAAGGGCAACGGAGUUAGAAGAGACUGCGGAAUCGGGUCGACCAAAAGUCGCGGGUAGGACCGAAACGGUUGUGAGCCCGUCGCUUGCGAAGAGCAUCGAACUCUUGCAUCGAAGACCCGAGUUCUACCAACAUUUCAUGGACAAUGAAUACACCGAGCUGCGGGAUCAAGAGCUUUUGGAAAUUGCCGAUUUUUUACCUGCAGCGGUCGGCAGCGUGUUCAAGCAGAAAAUGCGAGCUCUGGAGGCGCGCCUGAACGGACAAGUACAGUAUAUUCAGCAACUGGAGCUGCGGUCAGUGCGAUUGGAGACCAAGUUACAGAGACUGCACCAGACCUCGAUGUCUUUUCAAGACAGAACGGGCGACGAAGACGUCAUUCGCAGACAGGAACAGGAGCUCCUGCUGCUGCGCAAAAGCGUCGCGCGGAAGGACAAGAUGCUGGAGGCAUUACGGAGUGCCAAACGUCUACGCGACAGUGCCCUGCGGCCGGAGUGCAUGGCGAUGCAGGAUAAUUGA